GAUUUACAAAUUUGCAGAGGAUCUGGAUACUGAGGUGGAAGGCACCUUUCGUUUUAGAGGGAAGGUAUACUUCCUUUCCGUGACGCAUACCUUCCACAAAAAGAUGCAAACGUACAAACGCUCAAUCAACUAAAGGACUCCCGCCCCUCCCCCAACUUAACUCCAGGAUCGUGGAUCUGCCCUCCCCGCUCUCCCGAAGCUGUUCGGGCAGUGUCCGGACUUCAUCGGAGGGGGCUAGAAUCCGGCGUCUGCCUCUUCACCCCCAGUAUCGCCCGGCCUGACGCACGCGUGCUGACAAGGGAGGGGAAAGGGGAAAGCUUCUCCCGCACACAGCUCGCGGUCAGGGCACCCGGGAGGAGAUGCCCGGCCAGGGUCCAGUGUCCGAGUGGUCGGAGUGCAGUUCUUCCACAGAGCCGCCCACAGUGGCCAGGGCCGAGGGUGGCGGCGGCGGAUCAGCUGGAUAUUCUUAUUACCAGAAUUCCAAAGGUAUUGAUAGACUCAAAGAUGGACACAAAAUGAACUCACACAUAACCAAGCUGCAAGAGUUAUGGAAAACGCCUCAAGUUCAAACAAUUCACGUCCCUAAGUCAAUGACAGAGACAUCCCUUCUAAAGCAUCCAGACCUCACCUUAGGCCAGAAGCGUUACCUGUGCAGCAUUGCUAAGAUCUAUAAUGCAAACUAUCUGAGGACGUUAAUGAAGAGGCAGUACAUGCAUGUGACCCAGCACAGCUCACAAAAGCCAGGUGUCCUCACUCAUCACAGGAGCCACCUCAGUUCUCGUUACUCACAGAAGCAGCAUUACCCCUGCACUACAUGGCGACACCAGCUGGAGAGAGAGGACUCGGGGCCUUCUAACAUUGCAGCUGCAUCUGCACCUGAGAUGAUCAUACAGCAUUCCCUUUGGCGACCAGUGAGAAACAAAGAAGGUUUAAAAACUGGAUAUGCAUCUAAAACAAGAUGUAAGUCACUGAAGAUUUUUAGAAAACCAGGCAGACUGUUCAUGCAAUCAGUUUCUACAAAUGAUUCUGAAUCGUACAUGAAUGAAGAAAAAAAGGAAGACGAUUUGCUAAAUAAGUGUAUGCAAUCAAUGUCAAUUGAAGAACAGGGAGAACAUCUGAUGCUAACUUGACAAUCUUGUCUUGAGUAUUGGUGAUGUGCCAAAGGUGGGGGGAAGGGAUUGUGAAUUGUGUCCUCUCUCUACAUUUAGGAUAGUAUUGUUAUUCACCACUAAGUCAUUAAGUAAUUUUAGUUUGUUCAGAAACUUUUACUACCAUGUAAAUGGUUUGAUGUAGUUCCAUGUACCAGUGAUAUUUGUGUAAUAAAAUUUGUGUGAAAUAUAUGCGUGUAAUCCUAGCUAGGUACAAUUAAAAUUUUUCUUGUCACCUAAAACUGAAUUAUUCUUCUUUAAAUCUGACAAAUACAUUGUAUAAUUCUUCUUCUGUUUACAAUAAGUCCUAAAAUAGCAACAUUAGAAUAUCCUGGAAAUAUUUUCCAGAUCAGGCUGAGGAAAACUCUGAAUAUCCUGAUAUAGAAUAGCAUUUGAUAGAGGUAACAUCCUGGCUUGCUCAAUAAAUAUUAUCUGCUUGAACACAACUUAAAAAUGGAAAUAUCAAUUUGCCCUAUUUUAUGAAAAUUGCCAAACACUUGGACUCUCAAAC